GUGGGACAGAACAUAUAUAUGGUGUAAAUAAAACGGUAGGGAAACUAGACUUGGCAGAGAUUUAUAGUAAAACAAUAGCGACUAUAUCACUCCGUGUCUAAUAAAAACAAGAAUAAUAAUAAUAAUAAUAACUUUAAUCGAGAAAAAAAAAAGAAACUUCUAAAUUACGAUACUACGAAAUAAAUUAUUUCCCGGGCAUGAAGUGCAAACUCUAUUGAGAAGAAAGUACACGAUAAACCGGGAGUAUUGCUAUGGGAAACCUGAUAAAACAAAAAAUCCUUAAAAACAAAAAUAGCGAUGAUGUUGGAGACUGUCUGGAUAGACCGGACACCAUCAUUGGAAGCGCCAAAGACCUCUGUCCCAGAAAAAAUCCAUUCAAAACGAGUGGAUCUUUCCCAGAAUGGCGUAAACCGGCGAAGUCCUUAACUAGGCUUUUGUUUUUAUAGGUACAAUCCGUUGGUAAUCAAAUUGAUAAAGAAGAAA